AUGGCCGUCACAUGUCCCUUCGCAACCACAGACUGGAAGCUCGUGGCUCGCGAGGCUGCAGCAGCCCAUACCCCAAUCUGCCUGCUCUCCAUCCUCAUCACCAGUCUCAUCUACCUGGUCCACAAGAACUUUCUCUCCAGCCACAGAAACCCGACUGCACGUAUCGCGAAGCUCGUACAGAUCAUUUGCCACAACAGUGCGCAUAUAGGACCACUACGCACGCGCAACGUCUCGAGAGAACCGGGAGCCGAAGCAGAGACGAUAGCCGCAGACGUGCAAGCUCUUCGCGAGCGCGUCGGAGCGGAACUCCCGAGUGACUACGAAGCCUUCCUGACCAUAUCCAAUGGCAUCAACCACGUGUGGUGUGGUUGCUCACACAACUUGGUACUCUUUGGGGCGAAAGGCGUUGAUGUCCAAGGCAGGGUCGACGGCUGA